CUGUAGGCGGUGUGGGUAAGACAUAUGGUAAAAUGAUAAAAGUCUCGCGCCUGAAUGAAAACAUAUAGUGGCGUACUAUGAUUAAACUAAACUAUAUAUUACCAUGUUAAGUUUAUUCUGCCGUGUCAGACUGAUGUAUUGGGAAUUAUAACUUGCCAUGCAGGGAGAAUAAUCGCGAAUGUGAGAGAACCGUGAAAGUGAACGAGAGAGCUAGCUAAUAUCUAUACAGAGUGGUAUAUACAUAAGUUCGGACAUUUAUAUUAGGAUAUAUUGUAACAAACUUAUUGGUUGAUAUAGAUAUUUGAAAUCAAAAUGGCAACUGGGCAGCAAUUAACCAAUGGAGAUGCAGGUAAUGAAGUGCAGGAAGGGGAAGCUGUGGUACAGAAAUCUCCUCUGGAUUAUAUAUAUAUUUCCGAGCAUAAACUGAAAUAUAUUAACAAUGACUACAAAAAAGUGAAUGCAAAAAUGUACGACUACAAAUGCGAUGUUAAAUUAACAGUCGGAAAAUCGAAUUUCAAGGGACAUAAGAAAGUUCUGGCAGACGCGAGUGAUUAUUUUGCAGCCAUGUUUAGUCAUGAAAUGAAGGAAAAAGAUGAAACUAUUAUAGAUUUAAAAGAUAUAAGUCCUGAAGGUUUUGGAGCAAUGUUGGACUACUUUUAUCAUGGUCAUGUGACCGUUGAAGCGAAAAUUAUUCCGGAUAUUCUUGAAGCUGCGAGAUUCUUUCAUGUUGAAUGGAUUUUAGAUAUCUGUUGCGACUAUAUGAUACGUCACCUUAGCUUAUUAAACUAUCAGCUCACCAUGCAUUUAGCCGACAAGUUUUCUUUAGGAGAUCUGCGUUGGGAGAUUUUUAAGUAUUUCAGUAACAAUCUUCCGUCCCUUGUUGAGAAAGAGGACUUCAUGAAAGAUUGUUCAUUUGACUUGCUGCUCCAAUUCCUAAUGGAGUAUGUAUACGUAGAGGUCUCAGAAUUUUUCCUCUUACAGUUGAUAGUUAACUGGGUGAAAGCAGACGAGGCCUCAAGGAAGGACCAGUUGCAACCAUUACUGUUACAGCUGAGGUUUCAUACAAUGGAACUUGAGGAACUAGAAGCUAUUCCGGAUGAAAUACUCGCACUACCAGAGAUAAAGGACGAGAUAGAGGAUGCUAAGAUGUAUUGUUUGAACAUUCCUGCACAGUGUUUGAAGACGGGCGACAAAUAUCUGAGUCGUGGAUCAAGGGAGGUAGUCAUGAUUGGCACGUUCAACGAUCAGGCCGAGAGUAACACAGUUGUAUACAAGGACUUGGAAAAUGACGAGUCUAAUCUAUUUAUAGAACAGCUUGGGCAAUCUGGAUUGGCCUGUGAUUACUCAACUAUGAGUCAGGCUAAGAUAGGAAAUUUCCUGUUUGCUGCAGGCGGUUAUGAUGAUGACUACAAAAGUAGUUCCCGAGUGUUCAGGUAUGACCCUCAAGCACGUGAGUGGACCGAAGUUGCUAUGAUGAUUCAGCCACGAGUCUCAUUUGCUUUGUGUAGUUCUAAAGAUAGACUGUAUGCAGUAGGCGGAGUCUUUCAUACUAUGGGUGACAUAGAAGGCGGAGAACAAAUAUUACGAUUUGUAGAGAUGUAUAACCCGGAGGAGAAUUCAUGGAAAGAUCUUGCUGACCUUCCAUUCGGAACAUUUGAUCAAGCGUCUGCCCAUUAUGAUAAGACUCUCUACGUCAGUGGCGGAAUCAGUGAUCUGCCUCAGCAUACUAUUCCAAUAAAGUCUAUGUUUUGCCUCGGUGAAGGUGCUAACGACUGGACUGAAUUACCUGACAUGACUGUGGCCAGGCAAGGUCAUAGCAUGACUGGUUUUGGUGGAAAAAUUUACAUCAUCGGUGGAUAUACAUCCAAACUGGACACUCCCGGUUUUGCGGACAGUUUUACAAAUGAUAUGUUUGAUAUAGAAACCAAGCAGUGGACGUCACUGGUGUCAACGCCGGAAAAUCUAGGUCAUCUUUAUCGCCAUACUGAUUAUUCUGAAAGCACAAUAUACUUUUUAUGCAAUUUAGACUCAGAGGUGUUUUUAUGCAGUUUUGAUAUGGAAAGUCAAGAAUUUGGCCAAAUGAUCUUCGUAGGUUCGGGUGUUCAAAAAUGUGCUGUUCUACAAAUCGCAUAUCCUUCAAACUAGAUACAACUUAAGAACUUUUAUAUAGAAUGGUAUAAAAGUAAUCCUACAAGUUUAAAGAGAAGAAAUAGAAAUGAUAUUGGAAAAAGUAAUCUUACAUUAUAAGGAGUUGUGCAGGAAGAAAAUGCAAAUUUGGAAUUUUGUUGUUAUGCUCCUUUAUGUGAUAAAAUUGUAAAAUGUCAGGAGAGUUUUACAUAAGCAAUUUCUGUCAGAAUUUAUAUUGUGUUAAAGGAACAUGAAGCAACAUUGACAGUGUUUUUAUUCAAAUAUUAAGCCUUAUUAUGUUGCUUAAAUUUUAACUGUUUUAGAAUUGUGAAUAUUGUAUAUUGUAAAUGCAUUUGAUAAAAUAAGGGUAACUUGCCAAAUUGGAACAUAAUUACACUGUAAAUGUUUAAGAUACCAUUUAUAAAAAAAACUUCCUUACAAAUUAUUUAAUUAGUUAUUUACUUAUUUUGCAAGUUAUAAUAGGACCAAACUAAAAGCAAUGUACAACAUAUGUCAUACAUAUAAAGGGGACCAGUUUAAUGUUUAAUUUCAGGGCAUUUUAUAGUGUAGUUUUAUAUAUCGGGCAAGAAUGUUU